AGAGUUACAGGAGGACCCUUUUAUCCGCGAUUAGGCUCGCCGCAUUACAUGAUGGGAUGUAAUGGACACCAGUGGGCUUAAAAAAUCCACCUAUGAAUUGGAUAUCCGCAUGAUGCCGGUUCCAGCAAAAAUCUUCCGCAUCCGGCGAAGGUGCUACUCAUUCACACCUUAACUUUGUUGCACACGCGGCAUCCAAUAUGUCAUCCAACGUCGCAUCGGCACUGCCGAGGAGAUGGAAUGCAGUGAGGGGCUCCGCAGACGGGCUUCACCGGGGUGACCGUGAAUAUAUGAAAGUCGCAGCAGAACUAGACCUGUUCCCAACAAGAGUCUAUGAUACUUGCAUAGCAGUUUUACGUCUUUUCGAAUAACCAGCAAAUCAUCAGAAUCCAAGCUGCCCAACAUGGUGUUCUCAUUGGUUAUGAUGUCAACAUUAGUGCCCACUAUCAUAGGGCUGAAUGAAGCUACGAAGGGUGCUCGAGAUCAGGAGGAAAACCGCAGAGCCGAGUCACGAUCACGACGAUGUCAUCUGGUAGCCAUUUGCGAGGAAACCACGGGAUCGCCGACUCAAAGACAGCAGGUCCACAAUGCUAAAGUGUAUCUUGACAAGGACUACAAGAUUUACAUCAUCAAACAACCAAGCCCCAGCAUGGCCCCAUUCAAUGGACAAUACUACACACACCCAGCGUUUGGACAAGAUAAUUCGUCCGGUCUGAUCUCGAUGAGCCCGGAAGAGCCGCCCCUGGCGCGGUGGGUAUAUCUAGACAAGGAGACGAAGCAGUUAAGCUAUGGAAACAGAAAGGAUAGCGAGGAGAACGUGUGCGGUCCUUUCGAUUGGACGGAAGACGAACAGUAUGUCACUUUGGAGGGGAACGAGCAGUGGCUGGCAGUACGAUUGCCAGAUGAUAUCCGGAGGGAGCAAGAGUACGAGGAUCUGGGUUUGGAUGAUGACAAAGCAGUCAAGGGUCUUUGGAGGCUUUACUUCGAUCGCGAUGGCAAUACUCUGGACCUUCCCGAGGGGACAGAGAGGAUCAAGAUCCGUUUGAAACGAGAUCCGGUGGAAGAAGAAGAGGACGACUCCUUCUGAGUUAACCAGUACCCGAAGAAUUGUGGAUAGCAAAUGAUUGGUUACACUGGUUUGGUUGUAUGUUGCAAACGGAUGGGCCGACUUUGUGUUGCAGUACUCCGUAGCCAGGCUGGGAGGCCGUUUUCGGUAACCCGCCGUAGUACGGAGUCUGUUAGUCAUGGGCACAAGCAAUCCUAG